AUGCCUACACGUCCAAAUCUUCCAAAAGAACAUAUAACAUUAUUACAAAAUUUUGUUCAGUUAUGUGAUAGAAAUCCAGAAAUUCUGGAUUCUCCAGACUUGGAAUUUUUUAGAAUAUGGUUAAUUAAACUCGGUGCUAAGAUUGAGCAAAAAUCAUCAACAACGUCUGAUGAAACUCAUGGUUUCGACAAUGCAUCAUCUCAUUCUCAUUCACAUUCGGGUGGUUGUUGUGGUGAUCACGAGGGAAGUGAAGAUACAAAAAAACAAAAUGCACACGAACAAGAAAUGAAAGAUGAAACUGAUCCAGAAAGUGAAUUGGAAUUUGAUCGAGAAGGUGUUGUUGAUCCGGAUAACGAUGAACCUCAAGUAAUGGGUGACCCAGAUGCUGAAUUAACGGAUGCUAUGUUGGAACAAGCUGAUGCUAAACGAAGUGAAGCACAACAAAAAUUAGGUGAAGGUCAUUUAGAUGAAGCAAUUAAAUUAUUUACAGAGGCAAUUCAAAAUAAUCCACAAUCGGCCAUACUUUAUGCAAAACGUGCACAAUGUUAUGUCAAAUUGCAAAAACCAAAUGCAGCUAUUCGAGAUUGUACACGAGCAUUAGAAAUUAAUGAAAAUUCGCAACAAGCAUUAAAAUGGAGAGGAAAAGCACAUCGUAUGUUGGGCAAUUGGGAAGCUGCUUAUAAAGAUUUUUGUAAGGCGCAACUAUCCGAUUUUGACGAUGAUGUACAGCAAUGGAUUAGAGAAGUUGAAGUCAAUGCUAAAAAAGUAACCGAGCAUAAGCGUAAAUAUGAACGUAAACGUGAAGAAAAAGUAUUGGAAGCAAAACGUGAACGACUACGAGCUUAUGAAAAAGCGAAAAAAGAAGAAGCCGAACGACGUAAACAUGAUUCAUCAGGUGAACAAGAAUUUCCAGGCUUUCCAGGUGCUGGUGGAGCUGGUGGCUUUCCAGGCGGCUUCCCAGGAGGUGCCGGUGGAGCAGGUGGCUUUCCAGGCGGUGCUGGAGGAGCUGGUGGUUUAGGUGGAUUAGGAGCGUUUAUGAAUGAUCCAGAGAUUAUGGCCGCAUUACAAGAUCCAGUUGUUCAAACAGCUUUUGCUGAAAUUAGUAGUAAUCCAGCCAAAAUUGCAGAAUAUCAAAAUAAUCCAAAAGUACGUAAAAUUAUGGAAAAAAUUGCCGGUAAAUUUGGUGGUGCCGGAGGAGGAGGAGGAAUGCCCGGAGGCAUGGGCGGUAUGCCUGGGUUUCCAGGUGGUAUGGGUGGAAUGGGUGGAUUUCCCGGAGGAAUGGGUGGAAUGGGUGGUGGUUCGUCGUCAGCAAAUUCUGCUAAUGAUCUUGAUUAA